AUGUCUCACGAGGAGGAUCUCAUUGACUACUCCGAUGAGGAGCUUCAGACCACUGAUGCUGCCGCUACCACCGCUGCCCCCGCCGCGAAUGGCGCACCGGCUAAGAAGGGCGAUCUGACGGUGUCUGGCGGCCGUCCGGACAAGAAGGGAAGUUAUGUCGGUAUUCAUUCGACCGGUUUCCGCGACUUUCUGCUCAAGGGAGAACUCCUACGUGCUAUCACCGAUUGCGGUUUCGAACAUCCUUCGGAGGUCCAGCAAGUCUGCAUUCCGACCGCCAUUUUGAACGUCGACGUUCUUUGCCAGGCCAAGUCUGGUCUCGGAAAAACCGCCGUCUUUGUUUUGACUACCCUUCACCAGCUGGAGCCUGUUCCUGGAGAGUGCUCUGUCCUCGUCAUGUGCCACACCCGUGAGUUGGCGUACCAAAUCAAGAACGAAUAUGCCCGAUUCAGCAAGUACCUUCCGGAUGUGAAGACCGCCGUCUUCUACGGUGGUACUCCUAUCCAGAAGGACGUCGAGGUGCUGUCGAAUAAGGAUACCUUCCCCAACAUCGUCGUUGGAACUCCAGGUCGUCUGAACGCUCUGGUGCGCGACAAGAAGCUCUCUCUGCGCAAUGUUAAGGCUUUCGUUCUUGAUGAGUGCGACAAGAUGCUUGAUCAGAUUGAUAUGCGCCGCGAUGUCCAGGAGAUUUUCCGUGCUACCCCCGCUGACAAGCAGGUUAUGAUGUUCAGUGCUACGCUUUCUCAGGAAGUUCGACCUAUCUGCAAGAAGUUCAUGAGGAAUCCUCUCGAGGUUUACGUCGACGACGACACCAAGCUCACUCUUCACGGUCUGCAACAGUACUACAUCAAACUUGAUGAGGCUGAGAAGAACCGAAAGUUGAAUGAACUUUUGGACAGCCUUGAAUUCAACCAGGUCAUUAUCUUCGUUAAGAGUACGCUCCGUGCAAAUGAACUGGACAAGCUUCUGCGCGAGUGCAACUUCCCCAGUAUUGCUGUGCACUCUGGUGUCAGCCAGGAGGAACGUAUUAAACGCUACAAGGAGUUUAAGGAGUUCAACAAGCGUAUCUGUGUCGCUACUGACGUGUUCGGACGUGGUAUCGAUAUCGAACGUAUCAACCUUGCCAUCAACUACGAUCUGCCCGCUGAUGCCGACUCCUACCUGCACCGUGUCGGUCGUGCUGGUCGUUUCGGUACCAAGGGUCUGUCCAUCUCUUUCGUUAGCAGCCCCGAGGAUGAGCAAGUUCUUAAGGAUAUUGAGAAGCGAUUCGAAGUUGCCCUUCCCGAGUACCCCGAGGGCGGUGUCGACUCCAGCACCUACAUGGCCUAGUCGAUCUCGCCGUAGUCUGUACCUGAUCUGAUGUCUGGUCUUAUUUUAUCAUUGAUUCCUCGAUUUGUUUUCCUUUGGCGCGAUGGUUUCGGAUGUAAUUUGUCUUGUAGCUUCACGUGAAGCAUUGUUGGAAUGCGCUGGGAAGGGGUCGGAAACAUCUGGGACGAAAAAUGUACUUGCCAUAAGAUAUUUAGAGAUGUCUAACUCUUCCCAAUCUGCUUUCGUGACUGUAUGUAAUGUGGCCUCGAACCGCGCCGUUGGCAACGUUUCGGCGACUCAAUAAGAAUAAACUGAGUGUAAACCAUUCCUAGUUACGGAGGCGCGAGAGAGAACACCAUGCAUCUAAUUUCAGGUGCACAAAAAAAUUGGGAAGUUUGAUGACGCAACGUCUGUUUAAGUUGGUUGUUGAUAUGUAGGUAUC